AUGGCGGGUUGCGUCAGAUUUACUUCCUAAUGAUAACUAAAACCGCGCGUCUGAACUCAGCAAACUGCUUCCUGGCUGAUAAAAAUCACGGGAGCUGCUCUACCGUUACCGUAUUAUAUGCAGUGCGGCACAGGUUAACAAAUGGAACUGACUGAGUUUGAUGAGGUCGCCGUUUACUUCUCUGAGGAGGAGUGGGGCAGUUUGAGAGCAGAUCAGAAGCAGUUGUAUAAGGAGGUGAUGAUGACGAAUUACCGGACCCUCGUGUCGUUGGGACGGUUAACUGUGAAGCCGUCAGUUGUCUCAAUGAUCGAACAAGGAGUAGAGCCGUAUGUGAGCAGGUGUCCGAAGGUUGAGGAGGAAGAAAUUCUUAUAAGUAAGAUAACAGAUGUGUCACGUGUAUUUAAUACUAAUGAAGAUGCAAAUCAAAUUAACGGAAGUGCUUCAUGCAAGAAUCCAAUCCAGUUGGGGACAACCAUGACUCUUUUAAUUCCAUGUAUUAUUAUGCCCUUCACGCAGCCACCUCUGACCACACACCGUUCAGUAUGUUCAAUGGAAACGUAUAAACAGGAAAUGCCCAAGAACCUUGUAGCGAAGAAUGAAUUCAAUGGAAACACAUUUGCUCUGAGUUCACAAAUUAGCACUAAUCAGUUCAAUCAGACAUUUGAGAGUCAGUUUAUAUGUUCUAAAUGUGGGAUAUGUUUUUGUAGGAAAUCGGCUAUCUCUUCUCAAAAGCUCCCUGAUAUGGACAACAAAAAAAUAGAAAGUUCCGUGUGUGAAAAAUGUUUAGACCCCAACUCAAAUAUUUCCAUAACUCCUUUAGAUCACAAUUUGGUCCGAUGUCCUACAUAUGGGAGGGGAUUUUUUAAUGGUAAAUCUCUUGCUGCACAUCAGAAAAUUCAUAAGACGACGACCCCUCUUGUAUGUUCUGAAUGUGGCAAAUGUUUUACCCGUAAAUCAAGUCUUCUUGCCCAUCAAAUAAUUCAUACAAGACAGAAACCGUUUUCAUGUUCUGGUUGUGGUAAAUUGUUUAUCUGCAAGGUCGAUCUUGAAGAACACCAGGAGACCACCACAGGGAAGAAAACGCAUGCAUGUUCUGAAUGUGGGAAAUGUUUUAUCUGUAGGUCACGUCUCAUUAGGCAUCAGAGAAUUCAUGUAGAGGAGAAACCCUUUGUGUGUUCUGGAUGUGGGAAAUGCUUUAGCAUUAAAUCCCAGCUGACUAGACAUGAAAAACUUCACACAGCUGAUAGACCCUUUUCAUGCUCCGAAUGUGGAAAGUGCUUCAUCAUGAAAUCUCAUCUUGUUUUGCAUGAGAAAAUUCAUUCAGGGGAUAAACCAUAUUCCUGUUCUGAAUGUGAGAAACGUUUUAUCCUUUCAUCAGCUCUUGUUAAGCAUCAGAGGGUUCAUACAGGUGAGAAACCAUUUCCAUGCACCAGUUGUGAGAAGCGGUUUAACUGUAAAGCCAGUCUUAUUAUGCAUCAGAAAACGCACACAGGAGAAAACCAGUUUAUUUGUUCUGAAUGUGAGAAAUGUUUCUCUUCCAAAUAUAACCUUGCUAUGCACCAGAAAGUUCAUACAGGCGAUAAACCGUUUUCAUGCCCAGAAUGUGGAAAACGUUUUAGCUCUAAAUCCGAAGUUAAUAAGCAUCAGAGAAUCCAUACAGGGGAGCGACCAUAUGAGUGUUCAGAAUGUGCCAAAAGCUUUAGGACUAAAUCAAAUCUUGUUAUGCAUCAUAAGAUUCAUACAGGAGAGAGAACAUACGAAUGUACGGAAUGCGGGAAGCGGUUUACCUGUAAAACGAAUCUUGUUAUGCAUCAGAUAAUUCACACAGGGGAAAAACCCUUUGCAUGUACAGAGUGUGGGAAAUGUUUUAACUGCAAAUCUAAUUUUGUAAAGCAUCAGAAAAUUCAUACAGGGGAUAAACCUUACGCGUGUUCUAAGUGUGGGAAGUGCUUUACUCGCAGCUCAACACGUGAUAGACAUGAAAAAAUACACCUAAAAGACACAAGAGAGAAAUAAUUAUAUAUAAAUAUGUACAUUUACAAUAUAUAUAUAUAUAUAUAUAUAUAUGAAAUACUUGUAAACAGUUUAAUACACUCCACAAGGUAAAGUGGAUCAUUGGGAAUAAAUUAAAUUAAAGGGGAGAAAAUUUUUGAGUAAACUGUCCUUUUUAAUAACAAAACAUUCUUUCUAUUAAUUAGAUGGGAUCAGUGGUACAUUGGGGAAAAGCGACUCAUAAUGUUUAUAUUUGUUCCCACCAAGGAUUGUGAUUGGUUUCUUUUUGUGAACAAACUAUAGGUCCUUCUGAAUUUUCUGAUGUGCAGCAAGAGAUUUGCCUUCAAAUAUUGAAUGUAUGGAGGGGGGAUUCAUUUUGGGUUUUAUGUUCCUUUUAAUUGAACUCAGGAGUAGGAGAGAAAUAACAUCUCUAAUUCUAAACUUCAUUAUGUAAAAGUUACAUAGCUAUGUGUUAUGUUUGAAGAGUCACUGUAAUGAUGCUUGCUAUCUACAAUAUACCACUUUCUGUCCUA